AUGGAGCCUCACAAGCCGAAGCGACGCUGGAAGAGCCAAGCUGCUGAUGUUUCGGCACCCCUGGAUCUUGGUGGCUACGCCAAUUCUGACCCCGCAGGUCAUUGUCCAGAAAAGGGGGGCAAACCAUUGGUGCAGUCAAAUCCCUGGUCAGUUUGUGUGAUCGGAGGGGGGCCAAGUGGAUUGGGUUGCUGUCGGAGGCUGUGCGAUGCUGGCAUGCAGGUGACCCUAGUCCAAGAAAGCCGUGGUCUUGGUGGCAAGCUGUGCACCAAGUUCGUAAAUGGAAAGGAUGAUCCAAGCCUUCACUUUGACAUGGGUGUGCAGCUGCUGCGACCGGCUGGGCCACUGGCGGACCUGCUGAAUGAAGGUGGCGAAAGCAUUGUGCAACCCUGGCCACUGCCAGGCCGCUUCAAGCGCAUCUCCUGCAUGCAGAGGGACUGGAACAAACCAUGCAGAAUCACUUCCUCUGCUGACGUUCCAGUUGACGGCCUCGUUGUUGGAGUUCCGUCGAUGUCUUCUAUAGGCCGUUUUUUGGCAGACAAGUGCUGGAAUCUCGAGACCCACAUUGAUCGAACGGCGCACGUUAUUGGUCGCUCUCCAAAAACACAUCGAUGGGGGGUCGAGUGGAGCCGCGCCGAAGCUAACGCUGGACAACUGCGAUACCGUCCUGAGCUGGCUCAGGGUGCCACAGAAGCUGUGUCCAGAAGCUUUGAUGCAGUCGUGCUGGCAUUUGAGGCCAACAAGAUCUUACAAGGCUGUAAGUCUGGAUACAAACAGGUUGCGCCAUCUGUGACGCCGGCCCUGCGUAAGCAGCUCUCUGGCCGUACGAAGACGUCGCAACUCUGGAACCUCAUGAUUGCUUUUGAUCGUGAGCUGCCCAUGCCCUGGGAUGCAGCCGUUGUUCAGGGACACAGUUCGCUAGCGUGGAUUGCUGUGAACAGCUCUAAGCCUGAGCGGGCUCGCGUUCCACAGUGUUUUAUGGUUUUCUCCACUCAGUCCUGGGCCACAUGGAAGCAGUGGUCUAAGAAAGAGGUCGAGCGCGUGCUGCUUUACGACUUCAUGUGCUUUUUGGAGCAGGUGUUGGGUUUCUGGCCCCCUCAGCCAUCAUUCGUGCUGAGUGGCCGUUGGGGCAACAACACUGAGGCAGUGCUAACUGGGGUGCGGCCGUCGGGGGAGUUCCCGGUCCGUGCUCUCGGCUACGAAAGCACUGCAGAAGCGGGUCCAGAGCCUCUGUGGGAUGGUGAGGUGUGCAUGGGUGCGACAGGAGACUGGGCACGUGGCUUCUCGGUCAGCGACGCUUACAGUGCUGGUGUUGAUCUUGCUGAUGCCAUGCUCAAAGAGAGCUUUGGCAGACUUCCUGGUGGCUGA